GAAAAUCCAGAGCCUCUUCCAAGAUGCUUGUGGUCCUGCUCACAGCAGCCUUGCUGGCCCUGAGCUCAGCUCAGAGUGCAGAUGAAGAUGUCCAGAGUACAUCCAAUGUCCAAGAACAAGCUCCUGUGGAUCAAACCCAGGACUCAAGUUCAGAUCCUUCUUCUGAUGAUGCAAAUACAGGGAAUGUCCAAGUGCCUGAAUCAGCAUCAGCAGGAAAUGAGUCUUCUGCCAACUCUGGGAGUGGACAGGAACAGCAACAGCAAGCUCAGGAAUCCCAACAAGCGGACGGUCAGGGGCCUUCUGACUCUGCUGUGAAAGAACAGGAAAGUCAAACUGGAGAAGAAAGGGGAAAAGAGGUUCAAGGGCAACAUAACUCUCAUCCUGAAAAUCCAGGAGUACCACAACAUGUAAAAAGAAAUCAUAACAAUCCUAGUUCUCAUAAAGGAGGUAAACAUAUUCCACUCAAUAAAAAACAAAAUCAAUUCCUCUGGCAAAGGAAACAAACGAAUAAGUAUGCCUAACUAAAGCAAUCAUCAGCCAAUAAACUAGAGAGUGCCUGAUAAAAAUAUGUCCUUUGAUGUAUAGAUCAACGAAUCAAUGUUGAGUGUCUAUACUAUUCCAAUAAAAUUUUCAGCAUGCAA